AUGGCUUCCUUACGACUCGCUACCUCUGCAGCUCGACGAGCACCGUCUUUUAUUCGCGUCGCACAACGUGGGUAUGCAGAAGCUUCCGACAAAAUUCAGCUCUCUAUGGCUCUGCCCCAUCAGUCCAUCUUCAGCUCCACCGAUGUUGUCCAGGUAAACCUUUGUGCCGCGACUGGUGAUAUGGGUAUCCUCGCGAAUCACGUUCCUUCUGUUGAGCCUUUGCGCCCUGGUGUCGUGGAGGUCAUCGAAUCGGCUGGUUCUAAGAAAUGGUUCAUUUCUGGCGGAUUCGCCACCGUUCACCCAAACAACAAACUCACAAUCAACGCCGUGGAGGCUGCACCUUUGGAGGAUUUCUCAGUUGAGUCCAUUCGCGUCAACCUUCAGGAAGCACUCAAGGUGGCUUCCGGAAAUGGCUCUGAGGAAGACAAGCUAGAGGCACGUAUCGAGGCAGAGGUUUACGAGUCGCUGCAAUAUGCGCUGGGUUCAAAAUAG